CGCCGGAAGUGGUGGGUACUGCGCUUCUGCGCCGGAAGUGGCGGGCGGCUGGACAACUCCUCAUGGCGGUGGCCGCCAGUGGAGCGCAGGGUGGUGGUGACUGAGCUGCGUGCCUGGCGGGCGUGCGCCGAGGCCCGGCCUGGUCUGCGCGUGCCCCUUGGGCUCUGCACCCCUGAUGCUGCACGGGUGUUGAUCCCGCUCCGGCCGGGACGAUGGUGAAGUAUUUCCUGGGCCAGAGCGUGCUCCGGAGUUCCUGGGACCAAGUGUUUGCUGCCUUCUGGCAGCGGUACCCGAAUCCCUAUAGCAAACAUGUCUUGACGGAAGACAUAGUGCACCGGGAGGUGACCCCUGACCAGAAGCUCCUGUCUCGGAGACUCCUGACCAAGACCAACAGGAUGCCCCGCUGGGCCGAGCGACUGUUUCCUGCCAAUGUUGCUCACUCAGUGUACAUCCUGGAGGAUUCUAUUGUGGACCCGCGGAACCAGACCAUGACCACCUUCACCUGGAACAUCAACCAUGCUCGGCUGAUGGUGGUGGAGGAGCGAUGUGUUUACUGUGUGAACUCUGACAACAGCGGCUGGACCGAAAUCCACCGGGAAGCUUGGGUCUCCUCUAGCUUAUUUGGCGUCUCCAGAGCUGUCCAGGAAUUUGGUCUCGCCCGGUUCAAAAGCAACGUGACCAAGACGAUGAAGGGCUUUGAGUACAUCUUGGCCAAGCUGCAAGGUGAGGCCCCUUCCAAAACCCUGGUUGAGACAGCCAAGGAAGCCAAGGAGAAGGCAAAAGAGACAGCACUGGCAGCUACAGAGAAGGCCAAGGACCUUGCCAGCAAGGCAGCCACGAAGCAGCAGCAGCAGCAGCAGCAGUUUGUGUAGCCAGCCCAGGCCCUUGGGCUGCAGCACGCCAGGCCACCCGCUGCACUCCUCCCUCUGCGCCCCUCUCCCUUGUGCUUUAUUAUUAAAAGUCAACUUCCAGCCUGAUCUCCUGUCUGGGUGGUGGGUUGGGGGUGGUGUCUGUUUGGCAUCUGCAGUGCACUAGAUACCUUAUCCAUGUCUGGGCCAGGCCCGCUUCUUCCUGCAUCGGCUGGCCAUGGAGAGCGGGACCGUGACUUGCCCAGGGUCACAGAGGGUACAGGUGAAGGGAUCGUAAAUGCUAGACUGUAAGCUCCAUGAGGGCAGGAACCUUCGUUUGUUUUUUUUUGUUUUUCCUCUGCUGUGUCCCGAGUACCUGGAACAAUAUCUAGUACAUAAUAGGCACUCAAUAAAUAUUUGUUGAAUUCAAUCAG